GGGGCUGCUGACCCACCACAUCGGACAAGCCCAAGAGAAGCGCCUCCCGCGGCAUACCCAAGGGCCCAAUUCGGAGCUAAGAGGCACCAGUAGCCACCCACACAGAAACCAGACACCAUGUGCGACGAAGAUGAGACCACCGCCCUCGUGUGCGACAAUGGCUCUGGCCUGGUGAAAGCCGGCUUUGCCGGAGAUGAUGCCCCCAGGGCAGUGUUCCCCUCCAUCGUGGGCCGUCCCCGUCAUCAGGGUGUCAUGGUGGGUAUGGGUCAGAAAGAUUCCUACGUAGGCGACGAGGCUCAGAGCAAAAGAGGUAUCCUGACUCUAAAAUAUCCCAUUGAGCACGGUAUCAUCACCAACUGGGAUGACAUGGAAAAGAUCUGGCAUCAUACCUUCUACAACGAGCUCCGAGUGGCCCCCGAGGAGCACCCCACCCUGCUCACUGAGGCCCCCCUCAACCCCAAGGCCAACCGCGAGAAGAUGACUCAGAUCAUGUUUGAGACCUUCAACGUCCCGGCCAUGUAUGUGGCCAUCCAGGCUGUGCUGUCCCUCUACGCUUCCGGCCGUACCACCGGUAUCGUGCUGGACUCUGGCGAUGGUGUCACACACAACGUACCCAUCUAUGAAGGUUACGCGCUGCCCCACGCCAUCAUGCGUUUGGAUCUGGCUGGUCGGGACCUUACUGACUACCUGAUGAAGAUCCUCACUGAGCGUGGCUACUCCUUCGUGACCACAGCUGAGCGUGAGAUCGUGCGCGACAUCAAGGAAAAACUGUGCUACGUGGCCCUGGACUUUGAGAAUGAGAUGGCCACCGCUGCUUCCUCCUCCUCCUUGGAAAAGAGCUAUGAGCUGCCCGAUGGUCAGGUCAUCACCAUUGGCAAUGAGCGUUUCCGUUGCCCAGAGACCCUCUUCCAGCCUUCCUUUAUUGGUAUGGAAUCUGCUGGUAUCCAUGAGACCACCUACAACAGUAUCAUGAAGUGUGAUAUUGACAUCAGGAAGGACCUGUAUGCUAACAAUGUUAUGUCUGGUGGUACCACCAUGUACCCUGGUAUUGCUGACCGCAUGCAGAAAGAAAUCACAGCCCUAGCUCCCAGCACAAUGAAGAUCAAGAUCAUUGCCCCUCCUGAGAGGAAGUACUCCGUCUGGAUUGGUGGUUCCAUCCUUGCUUCUCUGUCCACCUUCCAACAGAUGUGGAUCACCAAACAGGAAUAUGAUGAAGCUGGACCUUCCAUUGUCCACCGCAAAUGCUUCUAAAUAUGUUUACAAGAUCAGUGUGCUCAUUAAUCUCAGGAUGACGGAUGUUGUUAAGUUGCAGGUGGUUGAGCUCUUGCAACAGCAAAUAAUGUUGGCAUUACCAUUUCUAUUAUUGUUGCUGCAAACCCCCAAUUGACACAACAUUUGUAAAGUGUACAUAAAUUAAUUUAUUUUACCUCGUUUUGUUAUUUUUAAAACAAAACCCUGCAGAAACGGAAAACUUCAAGAAGCAUUAAAUUCAGUCAUUCUGUCAAGCCCCAUAAA